AUGUCAAGUCGUCAAGGUGGUAAAUUGAAACCUCUCAAGACCAAGAAGAAGUCCCAGCAAGAUAUGGACCCAGAGGAAGCCGCUUACAAGGAGAAGCAAAAGGCUGACGCUGCUGCAAAGAAAGCUUUGCUAGCUAACAUGAAAAACGGCAAACCUUUGGUCAGCGGUGGCAUUAAAAAGUCAGCUAAGAAAUAG